UGAGAUAGAGAGCACUUAUAGAUAUAUCGAAGGCAUGACCCUUAAUCAAUACCAAGUGUGAUUCCGCCGAUAGAGUUGUGCGUAGAUUGCGAAGGAAUCUUUCUUAUUGAAUCAAAAAAAGGUUGCAGAAGUACGUACGUAAUUCCAAAAUGCGUUGUUCGUUUUGGAACGUGGCAAAAGUUACAUUCGUCAUUCUGACGGUGCAUGUCCUUGCAGGGGCAUUUUAUUCAGUAAUUUAUGAAACAAAUCGAAGUACUAACGAUUCCCAGAAUAUUAAACAGAUGAAGAGAGAGGCACUGAUCAGACUUUUAGAGGAAAGAUAUCGGCCUUGGAAUUCUUCUGCUUGUACCAAGCAAGGUAGAAGAAAACCUAUUCAAUAUGUCGUCAAACAUCACCUUAUCGUGUCCGAGCGUUACAAAACACUCUUCUGUUUCGUUCCUAAAGUAGCAUGUAGCAACUGGAAACGAAUUUUUCACGUUUUAGAAGAACAUUUCAACUCGUCGGAAGAUAUCACCCACGAAACUUCGCAUGAUUCAGGAAAGUUACGCUUUUUGAGACAUUAUUCAAACGCUACAGUAGUAGAUCACAUGUUAAAAACAUACAAAAAGAUUGCAUUUGUUCGCGAACCUAUGGAGCGAUUUCUGUCGGCCUACCGGAGUAAAUUUGCGCCUGUUGUUCCCCCUAGGAAGGGAUAUUAUUACAGCAUCGGCCUAGACAUCAUCAGAAGGAUGCGGAAGAACUCUACGGGGUUAACACCACAUUAUCCUACAUUUAAGGAAUUCGCAAAUUACGCGAUUACUACACCUUUUAGUUCUCAUGAUGAACACUGGGAUCGUCAGCAUAAUUUAUGCGCUCCGUGUGAUAUAAAUUACGACUUCGUUGGCAUCUAUGAUAAUAUCAAAGCAGAUGCUGACCUCGCUCUUAUGUUGAUGGGAGCUGAUGAAGAGGUUACAUUCCCAAAUGUCGAAGCUGCACCCGAAGGACAAGGAUCACAAACGAAGAUGAAGACUUUCUAUUCAGGAAUAUCACAAGAAGAAUUCACACGACUGCAGAAUAUAUACGCAAAAGACUAUGAAAUUUUUGGAUUCAAAAAGCCCAGUUAUCAAGAAAUAGUGAAUCCCUGAAUUUCUUCAGCAAGAAGGAAAAGGGGGAGGCAAACCACAGCACGAAAAAGGAUUGCUGUUUAAAAUGGCAUAGAGCUGUGACAGCGGCAAAUUUUUGGAGCUAUGCUCACCUCCUAAAUUAUUAAAAUCUAUGGAGUACAACUGUGAAACAUGUAUAAAAUCAUUUGUUUUCGUAGCGUGCAAGGGUGUUACUUUUUUGAAGGAGAACUUGGCAAUGUCUUAAGGUUGCUUUUUUAAGAGUCUGCUCAGAAAAUAAGAACUCGUAGGUUCUGUCAGUAAUCUAAUCAUUAACUCGAACUUCCUGAUCGCAGGACCCAGUUACUGUAGACGGUUCCAACCACUGAAUGAUUUAAACUCAAUGAUGUGGAAUUGCUUUGAAUGCAAGAUGACGUGGACGAUUUUCUUUUCGAGAACCGUUGAUAAAACUUUUUACUCGAAGUUUCAAAACACCAUCAGGAUACAGCAUUGUAAGCAGAAAUGCAUAUUAUGAAAUAUGGCGUAGGUUAUAAGCAGAAUAAAAAAAAUUCUCAAAUGUCUUUUUUUAAAAAACAAUUAACAUUAAGAUGGAUCUGUAAUAAAUAUAGGAAAUGAGCUGCCAGUUGGAGUUAGCAAGGUAUGUAUCACAGACCUGCUAACGAUGGCUGAAAGUUGUUCACAACAUAAGAUGGCCUUGGCUAGAUGAGUUGAGAGUUUCAACGCAGAUGAAAAACCAUUUUUCAAAACUACUCUAUAUUAUUGUAUGUA